AUGGGGAGCAUUAACGAACCACUAUUACCGGAAUCGAAAACCACAGAAGUUGGAUUCAAAGAUGAAGAAAAGAAAGAUCUUUCAUCAAGGGUGUGGAUUGAAUCUAAGAAGCUAUGGCGCAUCGUGGGUCCCGCCAUCUUCAGCCGCCUCGCUUCUUACACCAUGAACGUUGUCACCCAAGCCUUCGCUGGCCACCUUGGCGAAGUUGAGCUUGCUGCCAUUUCUAUUGCCAACACUGUCAUUGUUGGCUUCAAUUUUGGACUAUUGUUAGGGAUGGCAAGUGCGUUAGAGACAUUAUGUGGGCAAGCAUUUGGUGCGAAGAGGUACCACAUGUUGGGAAUAUACAUGCAAAGGUCAUGGAUUGUGCUAGUCCUAUGCUGUUUCUUGCUACUACCCUUCUACGUUUUCGCCACUCCGCUGCUGAAACUCAUAGGACAACCCGAUGACGUGGCAGAGGCUUCAGGUGUGGUGGCUUGUUGGUUAAUACCAUUGCAUUUCAGCUUUGCGUUUCAGUUCCCGUUGCACAGGUUCUUGCAGUCCCAGCUGAAGAACAUAGUGAUUGCUUGGGUUUCUUUGGUGGGUCUAUUGGUAAAUGUGUUAACUAGUUGGCUAUUCGUUUAUGUGUUGGAUUUUGGCCUUGUGGGUGCGGCUCUUGCUUUGGAUAUCUCCUGGUGGGUUUUGGUUUUUGGGUUGUAUGGCUAUGCUGCUUUUGGUGGCUGUCCUUUGACUUGGCAUGGCUUCUCCAUUGAAGCCUUUUCUGGCCUAUGGGAAUUUCUCAAACUCUCUGCUGCUUCUGGUGUUAUGCUAUGCUUGGAGAAUUGGUACUACAGAAUACUAAUAUUAAUGACUGGGUUCCUACAGAAUGCCACUUUAGCCGUGGAUGCGUUGUCAAUCUGCAUGACUAUCAAUGGCUGGGAGUCGAUGAUUCCUUUGGCUUUUUUUGCUAGUACCGGAGUUAGGGUAGCCAAUGAGUUAGGAGCUGGGAAUGGCAAAGCAGCACAAUUUUCAACAAUUGUCUCUGUAAUACAAUCAAGUGUGAUUGGUAUCUUUUUCUGCGCUCUAAUCAUGAUACUCCAUGACAAGUAUGCUUAUUUAUUCACAUCCACCACUGAAGUGCUUGAAGCAGUUGAUAAGCUCUCUGUUCUAUUAGCUGCUACAAUUCUCCUAAACAGUGUUCAACCUGUUUUAUCAGGAGUGGCUGUUGGAUCGGGAUGGCAGGCAUGGUUUGCAUAUAUAAAUUUGGGCUGCUACUAUGUCGUUGGGCUCCCACUUGGACUUCUAAUGGGAUUGGUCUUCGACCUUGGAGUUUUGGGUAUCUGGGGUGGAAUGAUUUUUGGUGGGACUGCAAUCCAAACAGUGAUUUUGGCUAUCAUAACAGCGCGAUGCGAUUGGGAAAAGGAGGCUGAGAAAGCUAGCAUUCGCGUAAAUAAAUGGUCAAGUCCUAACCCACAAGAUGAAGAAGAAGAUCAAUCUGAGGUCCAACAAUGA